GUAGGUGGUACGUAAUUACGUGACCUACAAAUGGAUUGGUGACGAUAAGUGACAUUGUGUUUGGUGAUAAUACAGUGUGUCAAAAUGACUGGAAUUUAUAUAAUCGCUGUUCUAUUGAUCAGUCAAGUUAACUCUGAGGUGGUCGAAUUGAGUUGCGCAGACAACGCAACAUGUUUAAAUCAUUUGGGUAGGCAAUUGUACACGAGUAUAAAACAACAUAAAACAGUAAGGUUAUUCGAUUUGAUAACUAUAGAACCGAUAAGGACGAGAGAAUCAAGGUCGUAUAAAGGGCCAUUGACAAGGUUGUUGACAAGCCAUGCUAUUAGCUUCGAUUGGAAUGACUUUACCUUCAGGUUAUCAAAUCCAGAAGACAAGGACGAUUCCAUGGAUUUAGAAGUGUUCGAGAAUAGAUCCAGUAAAGAUGAACCAGAGACCAUCCCAAAGAAGACAGCUGUUAAAGCAGAAGACGAAUUAGAAGACAAAUUACCAAAGAGUCGUAUUAAGAGAAAACGACCAAAGAAGAAGGUCCUUCAAGCAGUCAUCCCACUUCUAUUCGGCAUGAAGUCAACUGGUGCUAUCAUAUUUGCUAUGGCUCUGGUUACUGCUAUUACUAUGAAAGCGUUCUUCGCAAGUAAACUGGCUCUCCUUGUUACUAUAGGCAUGGCUAUGAAGAAAUUAUAUGAAAGUUACAGUAAUGGCAUCGGUUUGCCAAAUAAUCCAUAUCUAUACUCGCAAUAUCCGAUCGAUUUUCCGAGCGCAUCAUCUCAAGGGUACUCCGUAAACGGAGUCAACACGCAAUUUGCUUCCCCAGACAUGUACAAUCCCACAGCAGUGGGUUCCCAGUCUCAUUCGCAUGAGAUAAUACAUCAGAAUGAAGUCACUGCACAGCAGUCACAGCAAGCGCCGACCUUACUGCUAAACUCGACAAGAUCCGCUUCAGAAAGAUGGGAUGGGUACCGGGGACGUCCUAUGUUUUAUGGAACCUCGCGCGCUACUUCAGAAUCCUAUUCGGCUUACCAGAAAUCCCGCCGCUAAGCAAUUCAGCGUCGAUAUCGAUGCCAAUGUACGCAAUGCCACAAAUGUACGG